GAUUAUAAACCCAGUCAACCGAUCGAUGUUACUCAUUGAGAAACUAGACUUAUUUUAAAUUACCGUCUAAACAAUGUCUAUCUACAUAUUAUAAGUAUUUUUUAAAGUUAUAAGCCACGUCUGUGGCACGCUGCAUCUCAUCAACAUGGCAGCUGGAGGCAACCAAACAUCGCCACAGUCUCCGAGUCCCGUAAUAUUUGCUCGCAAUUUUUUUCGGGCCCUUAACGAUUCGGGGGCGGUCAAUGGGAACAAUUUAAUCGUCUCACCAGUUGCGGCACGCAGUGCCAUGACUCUGGUGCUGAUGGGCUCCGGCGGAAAGAGUGCGGACGAGUUGCGUUCCGGUCUUUUGCUGGGCACUGUAAGAAAACUGGAAAUCGCCAGGCAACAUGCCGAGUUCUUGAACACGGAUUGCGUUUGCAAUCCGAAGGGAGUCUCAAUGCGCUUAGCCACCGGGCUGUAUGUCAAACACGAUCAGCAGCUGCACGCCGACUUCAAUUUGAAAGCUGUGCAGUUCUUCAACGCUCAGGCAGAUGGACUCAACUUUGCCGAUGCGGCAGCUGCAAUGCAGCAUGUCAAUAAAUGGCUCGAGCGGCAAACAUUUUACACUGUUCGCCAUUUGCUUAGUCCGGCAUCUUUCAAUCCGAAUUCGAGCGUUAUUUUGGUCAACUCCCUGUACUUUCGAGCCAAGUGGGCAACGCGCUUCUCCGUGGAGCGCACUGCGAUAGACGAUUUCUGGAUCAACCAAAAUCAGAGAAUGAUGGUGCCCAUGAUGCGACAGGAGGGACAAUUCCGCUUUGGCGAGUCGCGAAGGCUGAAAUCGCGUAUUCUGCAGUUGCCCUUUGAGGAAUCGGACAUUUACAUGCUGUUCAUAGUGCCACAUGCCGUAAAUGGCCUUGCCGCGCUGGAAUCGAAGCUAAGCAAGCUGGAUUUGAACGAAGUGGCACGAAAGGCAGUGAUGCAUGAUGUUGAUGUAACGUUGCCCAAGUUCAAGAUCGAAUGCGAGGUGGAUUUAAAAUUGCCCCUACAGAAAUUGGGAGUAAGGCGCAUCUUUGAGCCAGGCGCCGCUGAUCUGAGUAGACUGUUUGCCAAAAAGUCGCCCCAUCGCAUUACAGAGGCAAGACAGAAAGUCUCUUUAAAUGUAAACGAAUCCGGCUGUGGCACAGCGGACCACACACAAGGUCGAGUUGCUGCCGCAAAGGUCAAUCCGGAGCGGAAAGUGUUUAAGGCGAAUCAGCCAUUUGUGUUUGCCAUACGGAGCAAUAAAACAGUCUAUUUUGUGGGUCAUUUUCUCAAGCCCUGAUUAGCCCAAGCAACUGACAUUGUAAUUUACAAAUAAAUCAAUGAGUAUAACACUUAA